AUGUCGCAUUUCAAUCGACCACAAAUCGUGGACGAAGCACUGAAAAAAAUCGCUGGAAUCACUAUAAUGAGAGAAGAAAGUCUAAACGAUCUUAGGAAGUACUAUCUGGCUGAUGACGAAGUGAUGUUCCGAUACGUCCUGGACUUUCUGAGGAACCAGGCUCUGGUGUUGCCGGGAGCAUUUAGAGAAAGGGAAAGAUUGAGGCAGGAAGCUAAUUUUUAUGGUCUUGAUAAGGCCAUAACAGAUCAUGCGGAUGAUUCCAUGCAAUGCAAAAGAUCAGCUAGAUACACUGUUGGGUAUAGAGGGAGUUUUUCCCUCGGACAUGAUGGAUCAGUUGAUAUGAAGUUUCAGAAACUCUUCGGAAUCUCGGUCAGUGGACGUGUGGUUCUAUGUAGGGGUUUUGGAGAGACUCUGAAUGCAAGCCGGGAUCUAGAUGAUAGGAUGUCUGAUUGCUACGGUUCUCGUUUCUUCCUGAACAGUUUGAUCCAACAAGCCGUUGAUAUGCUUCGGGAACGGGGAUUUAAAUUGGCUGGAAGUUGCGGUUCGGGAACUUCUGGAGAGAGUACUGAACAACAAGGAGGAGAUUCGUUGGAACCUCUAUAAUAAAUUUGUUUUUGUGCGCGAGUAAUGGUUACGUUCAAGUUUCAGUAUGUGUUGGACUUUCCAAGGUGGAGAUGAUUCGAAGGAAAAUCGCUGGAACCACUACUAUGUCCAGAAACCAUGUCGAGUUUUGGUGGACCACCAUUAGUACACUCGAUGCAGGGUGAAAACGAUCAUAGGAUGGUCAUUCUAUAUCGAGAUGAAGGGAUGUUUCGGUACCUGUUGGACUUUAUCAGGCGGAGGAGAAUGAAGGAAAUCGCUGGAACCACUACAAUGAGUUUGUUAUCGUGUGCGAGUAGCUAUGCCAAGUUUACCAACGGAUUUGGAGAAACUCGUGCCAAAGUAUGUUGCGUCUCAACUUGGGUCGUUUCUGCUAACGGAUAAGAAUUGAUAAGCAGUGCAACGCUGUCAACGAGGUUGCUACCUAUCGGGAUUUACUGCUUUUCUGUUCAAAUGAGCACGGAUUCGAACUGGAGGCGAUCUGGGAUCUGUGUUUGCAAGCAUCUUUGGAAGAGCCUGAAAGCAAAUUAAUAAAGCCGACAAUUUUUAGGAUUAUGAACGUAUUUGAAGAAACAAGUGCCAAAGCAUGUUUCAUUUCAACGCUGGUCGUCUUUGCUAAUGGAUAAGAAUUGAUAAGCACUGCAACGGGUCAACAAAGUUUCUACCUGAUUGAAAUGUUGACUGUUUACUGUUUUUUUGGUUUAAACUAGUGCGGAAUUGAACUGGAAACGAAUUGAGGUCCGAGAGAUGAUCAGCACCUAUUAGGUUCGAUGAUGUUUAGUUGAUUUUCAUGUCAAUGUGUACGACCAAUUCAAAAAUCAACAAUAUGAGGUCCAAGAGAUGAUCACCACUAAUUCCAUUCUUUGACAUUUAUUCGAGCGUCACAUAAAAAAUAUAACCAACUCAAUUAACAACAAAUUACGAUUUUAUCCCCGAAAACAAUCUGCAGCGAUGAAAGCGAGGCCUUCGAUGACUGUAUUUUUCAUUAUGUUCAUGUAUCUCCUUUCCUCUUAAUUCAUUUCAUCGAAUCCAAGGUUGCAAUAAACAAAAUAGACAUUUUGGCGAUCUUCCUGCUAUAAUUAUUAUAUAUCGAAUAUUUACAAAUCCGAACUAAACUCCAUCGAAUGAAAAGUUUGCGAAGAAUAAACUUUCAUUCAACAAUCAAACAACGUAUUAGAAGUAAACAAAUUUGCAAUUGUUCUAAUAAUUAUGCAAUAACGCAAUUGUUGUGAAUGACUUUGAAGAUAAAUGCGCAAUCAUUAAUAGGAAACACGCACGCAGUUAUUAGUUAUUUAUAAAAGAGCACAACAGGGAAAAAUAAAUAAUCUGUUACACUUACGGAAAAAUCUGUAAAAUAUACGGAUUUUAUACAUUCAAAUUAAGAACAGGAAAUUAUUUCUGUUGGCGUUUCGAUGAACCUUGGGUACUCAAACCCGUAAUAAUUACAGAUAAAUAUUUAUAACAAUUAUACAUAAUUAUGCAGGG